CCUAACUGGACGACGUAUUUGUGGAGGUGAAGGCAUAGCGCGCCACCAUUUGCAUUUGCAGAUAGAGCGAGCGAUAGAAAUGAGCCUUGUCCAAAGAGCCUAUCCAAGCCUCCCCAAGCUUUUUGGAUUUGCAAAGAGGUCCUUCAAGUCCUUGAGAUUUCCGGGUGAGCCUCUCGACCCUUCGUCUUCUCCCAUCCUUUCCUACGGAAUCCAUGUCUUCCAUGCCCCCGAUGCAGUUGGGAUUGUGGCCAAGCUCUCGGAUUGCAUUGCUUCUAAAGGUGGAAACAUACUCGGCGCCAGUGUCUUCGUGCCCGAAAACAAGCACGUCUUCUAUUCCAGAAGUGAAUUUAUUUUCGAUCCCAUUAAAUGGCCAAGAUCAGAAAUGGAUGAGGAUUUCCAUAAGCUGUUGACAACGUACUCUGCGAUGAGAUCUGUUGUCCGGGUUCCAGAUCACGACCCCAAGUAUAAGAUUUGUAUCCUUGCAUCAAAGCAGGAUCAUUGUUUGGUUGAUUUGUUACAUGAGUGGCAGGAAGGCAGACUUCCAGUAGAUAUAACUUGUGUUAUAAGUAAUCAUGAUAGAGGUCCAAACACCCAUGUGUCUCGCUUUCUUGAAAGACAUGGUAUACCUUAUCAUUAUCUGCAAACAACCAACGCUGACAAAAGAGAAGGGGAGAUAUUGGAGUUGGUUCAAAAUACUGAUUUUUUAGUUCUUGCCAGGUACAUGCAGAUAUUAUCUGGUGAUUUUUUGAAGAGCUACGGAAAGGAUGUAAUUAACAUUCAUCAUGGCCUUUUGCCAUCAUUCAAGGGUGGAAAACCAUCUAAACAGGCUUUUGAUGCAGGGGUGAAACUUAUUGGUGCAACAAGUCAUUUUGUCACCCAAGAACUUGAUGCUGGUCCUAUUAUUGAACAGAUGGUUGCAAGAGUUUCACACAGAGAUAACUUGCAGAGUUUUGUGCAGAAGUCAGAGAACCUCGAAAAACAAUGCCUUACGAAGGCAAUUAAAUCGUACUGUGAGCUGCGAGUGUUACCUUAUGAGGAUAACAAGACUGUUGUAUUUUGAGGGAAAAAAAAACAUACUUCUGAGGAGAAGUGCCUGGCAUCUGUUUGUACAUUGUAUCAUUCUUAUAAAAAGUUGAAAAUACAUAUUUUCUGCCUUUAAGGGCACACAAAUAAAAAUGAUAGUUAUUGAGGGCCGACAGGUUGAUUAUGAAA